AAUCAGCUUGGUGUGUGUCUCUCAACAACACCACCACCACCACUUUCUUCCUCUUCUUCUUCCUCCACCUAAAACCUCUCUCAAUCAUUCUCUCAAUCCCUAAAACCCACAACAGAUCAUAGAUCAUCCCUUUAUAUACAUAUAUACAGCCCAACCCCCAAAGUCGCAUGACCUUACGAAGCUUGAUCCUUGAGAUGCGCUCAAGGUCGCAUCGCGUUGUGCACGACCUCGCCUCAGCCGCCGACUCAGCUCCCGCCUCAUCCGAAGCUAAUCGCUGGUCUGAUAUCCCAGAGGAGCUCUUAAGGGAGAUCCUCAUCAGGGUCGAGGCUGCCGACGGUGGCGGUUGGCCGUCGCGGCGCAGCGUGGUGGCUUGUGCCGGAGUUUGCCGUGGAUGGCGGGUGAUUAUGAACGAAACCGUCGCUGUCCCUGAGAUCUCUUCUAAAUUGACUUUCCCAAUCUCCCUCAAGCAGCCUGGUCCAAGGGAGUCUCUGGUUCAGUGCUUCAUCAAACGUAACCGAGCUACGCAAUCAUAUCACUUGUAUCUCGGGUUAACCAACUCGUUAACUGAUGAGGGGAAGUUUCUUCUAGCUGCGACUAAGUUAAAGCACACAACUUGCACUGAUUAUAUUAUUUCCUUGCGUUCUGAUGAUAUGUCGAGGAGAAGCCAAGCUUACGUUGGCAAAGUCAGAUCGAACUUCCUAGGAACUAAAUUCACAGUCUUCGACGGAAACAUGCUGCAAUCGUCAGCGACAACUGGACCCGCGAGGCUGAGAAAGAACAGAUCUUAUAAUCCCACAAAAGCUUCAGCAAAAGUUCCUCUUGGAAGCUACCCGGUCUCUCAUAUCACGUACGAGCUGAAUGUCUUAGGCUCCAGGGGACCAAGGAAGAUGCAAUGCGUGAUGGAUACAAUACCUACAUGUGCAAUGGAGCAGCCACGAGGAGUAUCUUCAGAGUUUCCUUUCCUCGGUAGUACUACUACUCGCUCAGCUUUCUCCAGGUCUCAGUCAAAACCAUUACGCAGCGGCGGCUCGAGCCACGUGAAAGAGACACCGUUAGUGCUGAGCAACAAGACACCACGGUGGCACGAGCAGCUACGUUGCUGGUGCUUAAACUUCCACGGCCGCGUCACCGUGGCUUCAGUUAAGAAUUUCCAGCUGGUGGCUGCGGAAGCAGCUAGCAGUGGUGCUGGAGAGGGGAUGUCACCGGAGAGGCAGAACCAGCGGAUAAUACUGCAGUUUGGGAAAGUUGGGAAAGAUGUGUUCACUAUGGAUUAUGGUUACCCAAUCUCAGCUUUCCAGGCCUUUGCCAUUUGCUUGAGCAGCUUCGAGACUAGAAUCGCCUGUGAAUAAUAAUUUUAUCAAAACACUUUGUACUUCCUUUUGUUAAAAGAGUAUCUUCUAGCAUUUUGUAAAUUGUGAAAAAAAAACAUGGUCUGUUGUAUCAUUGUAUUUGAUGGAUGUUUUUGUUUAUUCAA